AUGGUUCUUGCUAUUAAAGUUUUCCCCGUCCCCGGUGGACCAUACAAUUUCUAUUUAUUUUCGUUAACUAAGUUAAAAGAUCAAGACAAUGAUUAUCAAGAUACAAAAUUAAAAUAUCUUGACAUUAGUUCCGUAUUAGAUUUAUUUACAAUCCCAGAUAAUCCAGUAACAGAAUUUGAUGCCAUGGAUCAUAAUAUUGUUGAAGUAUCAAAGAAUUUACUAGAACAAUAUUCUGAUGUAUUGAAUCAUAAUACAGUACCAAUCUUCGUUGAAGGUGGUGGUGAUUGUUUAUUUCAUGCAUUUCAAGUCUUUUAUCCGCAAAUGUCGGUUGAUGAAUUUCGUGUUAAAACUAUUAAUGAAUUAUGUCAACAUGACAAUUAUUAUACAUCGGUUGUUAACGAUGCGAUGUUGGAUUUAGUUGAUGACGAGACAGUCGAGGAACAUGUUAAACGACUCGUAAAUAAUGGUCAGCACAGUGGGAUUCUGACAAUAAGUGUAUUAUCCUCAGUAUUAAAUCGUGAAAUACAAUCAAUAUACCCGAAUGUUAAUGACAAUGAUGCAUAUUUUGAAAUUCUAAAUAGAUCUUUUCAUCCUAGAACAUGUGAUGAAUCAUUUAUUAAUGAUACACCGUUAAGAAUAAUGUGGCCAGGACCAGAACCGAACAAUGAUCAUAUAUAG